AUGAGCCCUGCCAGCUUCGCCGUAGCCCUUCUCGUCGCCCUCCUCAGCUCGGAGGCGCAGGGGCAGGAGUGCAGCGGGCAGUGCCAGUGCGGCCCGGGGCCCGGCCCCGUCUGCCCGGCCGGCGUCUCCCUGGUGCUCGACGGCUGUGGCUGCUGCCGCGUCUGCGCCAAGCAGCUGGGCGAGCUCUGCACCGAGCGCGACCCCUGCGACCACCACAAGGGACUCUUUUGCGACUUCGGCUCCCCCGCCAACCGCAGAAUCGGCGUUUGCACCGCUCGGGACGGCGCUCCCUGCGUGUUCGGCGGCAUGGUAUACCGGAGCGGAGAGUCCUUCCAGAGCAGCUGCAAGUACCAGUGCACCUGCCUGGACGGCGCGGUGGGCUGCGUGCCCCUCUGCAGCAUGGACGUGCGCCUGCCCAGCCCCGACUGCCCCUACCCGCGCCGGGUGAAGCUCCCCGGCAAGUGCUGCGAGGAGUGGGUUUGCGACGACGCCAAGGAGCAGACUGCCGUGGGACCUGCUCUGGCUGCUUACAGACUGGAAGAUACAUAUGGUCCAGACCCAACAAUGAUGCGUGACAACUGCCUGGUUCAGACCACAGAGUGGAGUGCUUGUUCCAAGACUUGUGGCAUGGGCAUCUCAACCAGGGUCACCAACGAUAACGCCUUCUGCAGGCUGGAGAAGCAGAGUAGGCUCUGCAUGGUCAGACCUUGUGAAGCAGAUCUGGAGGAGAACAUCAAGAAAGGCAAGAAGUGCAUUCGCACCCCCAAAAUCUCCAAGCCCAUCAAGUUUGAGCUGUCUGGCUGCACCAGCGUCAAGACCUAUCGGGCUAAGUUCUGUGGGGUCUGCACUGAUGGGCGCUGCUGCACGCCCCACAGAACAGCCACCCUGCCUGUUGAGUUCAAGUGCCCCGACGGGGAGACCAUGAAGAGGAAAAUGAUGUUCAUCAAGACCUGUGCCUGCCACCACAACUGCCCUGGGGACAACGACAUCUUUGAGUCUCUCUACUACAGGAAGAUGUAUGGGGACAUGGCAUAAAGCUGGGAGGAGACUCUUAACUAAGGUUCUCGACUUGAACUGAUUUGCAUCUCAUUUUGUAAACACGAUUCAAUAGCACAAGGCAUUUAAAUCAGCU